AUGUCAUUGCUGUCUGACACGAUAUUCACAGGCGGCAGUACAAGACUGCACGUAAGAGGAGGACAAAAUGGGCACAAGGCGAUAAGGAAAAGUAAGAGUCAUGGCGGCUUCCUCGGUCCCCUUGUGCAGUUGGCCAGGAAUCCGUUGAAGACUCUGGGCGAGCCAGCAGACAACGACCAUGUUCCUGAGACGGCCGCGGGUGCUGCGGAAGCAAACCGUAGGCAGGUCCUGUACCUGCACAUGAAAGACGCCGAGACAUACGACCAAUGGAAAGCCGCCGCGACCGAACUCGAUAUCUUAGAAGGAAACGAGGCCUGGAAAGAAGAGGAUGACACAACAGAGUACAACGUAGAUCUGGUUGCCGCCCGGCUGAAAGAGCUGGACGACGCUCGUUUAAGUUGUGAUGUCAAAAGGAUGCUUUUCCUGGUUAGGACCACCCUCACACGCGGAUUGGGCGACAUGGGCGAUCUGCGCUUGUACAAACAUUCGCACAUUGGAACCAAGCGCCUGAUCGAGAGGUAUAUUGAAUCCGCGCAGCAGACCAUGGCGGCUCUGCUGGACGUCUCAGAGAAGCAGGGAGAUCAGUGUCCUAUCGAACCGCGACGUUUGGUCGAUCAGCUCCUUCAAACGCGACAGUCUUUCGGGCGAAGUGCGCUGUUGCUCUCAGGUGGCGGUACCUUUGGCAUGAACCACAUCGGCGUUGUCAAAGGUCUCUGGGAUGCUCGUCUUCUCCCACGCAUUAUAUCGGGAGCCUCUGCUGGAAGCAUCGUCAGUGCCGUCCUAUGCACAAAGACAGAUGCAGAGGUUCCAGAGGUUAUGCACCAAUUCUGCUACGGAGAUUUGAACGUAUUCGAAAGCCCUGAUCACCCGGAAGGCGUGGUCGGCAAAGCGAUGCGCUUGAUGAAGUCAGGCGCUCUCUUUGACAUUUCACAUCUCAUGAGGGUGAUGCGCGAUCUGCUCGGCGACAUGACCUUCCAAGAAGCAUACAAUCGAACUCGUCGUAUCUUGAACAUACCUGUCUCGACUUCUUCGCUUUACGAAUUGCCCAGACUCUUGAACUACAUCACAGCGCCGAAUGUCAUGAUUUGGUCAGCAGUAUGUACGUCUUGCUCAGUGCCACUAGUAUACAAGAAGGCUUCACUUUUAGCCAAAGAUCCGAAGACCGGCCAGGAAGUGCCUUGGGAUCCAAACCCUGACGCGACCUGGAUCGACGGUUCCGUUGACAAUGACCUACCGAUGACCCGGCUAGCCGAGAUGUUCAACGUAAAUCACUUUAUCGUCUCGCAAGUGAACCCACAUGUCGUUCCCUUCCUAGCAAAGGAAGAGGAAAUGGUCGCUGCAGAAGCCCAACAGGAUGCUGCCACCGGUCCCGGCUGGAUGAGCCUUUCAGCUAGCCUUUGCAAGGGAGAAGUCAUGCACCGCCUUCAACAGCUAGCGGACACUGGGAUCCUCCCAAAUCUGGUAACAAAAGGAAGGUCGGUACUCAGCCAGCGUUACUCAGGUGACAUUAAUAUCUUUCCAAAGAUCAACUAUGCCGACUUUCCCAGAGUCUUGAGUAACCCCACACCGGAGUACAUGAUUGGGUGCAUGCUCACUGGACAGCGAGCUACAUGGCCAAAAUUAUCGCGUAUACAGAACCAUGUAGCCAUUGAGCUCGCGUUGGAUGAUACGAUCCAGAAACUCAAAGGACGACUUGUGUUUACACCAGAGCCAGACCUCAAACUCACACGGACAAGCUCUCAAGACAACGACCUUGCUCAUAGAAAGCGAGCAAAGUCGACACAUAAGAUGACGCGCUUCGAACUCAGAACGGAACCUCCUAGCCCUGUUCUACGAAAAUCUGCACCUACCAGUCCUCUGCUGUCGCGCACAGCCUUAAAAGCAGCCCCCCAACCGCUUUCCGUUCCAAAGCAAGCCAAUGGCACAAACAAGUUCAGGCGACAAUGGACCGAGACGAUCCAACUCGACCCCAUGUCCUCCACCAACGACACCUCGGACCAUGACUACUUUGCCGAUCCCGAGUCAGACACCACAUCUCGACUCUCCUCGCCUUCACCCGCCACAUCACCCACAAUCAACACUCCCACCCUCUGGCCUUCAACCCCCCAAGCUAUCAUGCAAGCGCAGCCGCAACCCAUCACCUCACAUCCCACGCCACUACCGCCUACUCAAAAUCCCUUGAGCCGUCGCACGGGUACAAUUCUCAACCUCACCAUGACGUCUACCGCAAGACAUUCGUCUAAUCCAAACGUACCUAGUAGCCCUGAGUUGCGGUAUAAACGCCUCUUCCAUCCUCCUGGACCAGCAACACCAGAUGUUAGUGUUGGCCCUCCUGUGUUGGACAACGAACCCGUGGCUACGAAUAUGACACGGUCUCCAGCGACUAGUAGACCGGGUAGUCGACGGAGUAGUGGAGCGGGCCUGGGGUUGGGUUUGCCGGUUGACGCAUCGGGGACCAGGGGGAUGCUUCUGAGAAAGAAGAGCUAUGUGUAG